UUGUUUUGAUAGUUCUAACAGUGAAUACUCCAAUAAAUAUAAAUAAAAUAUUUAAACAAUAAAAAUUAAUACAUGUUACAUAAAAGUAUUUAAUGCAAAAAAGUUUUAUUUCAAAUUUAUAUUAAUUUGACAGUUUGACAGUAUUUAUUUUUAAUUUCUUAUCUGAAUUAAAAUAAAGGGUGUGAAAAAAAGUCAAUGUCCGACAUAACCUCAAAAAAAUAGAAUACAAUAGAAUAAAAUGAGUAAAUAUAGUAAAAGAAAAUCUUCAAGCGAUGAUAGUGAUAGUGAAGAGGAAAGACGAAAAGUAGAUAUCAAAGAAAGAGAUGAAUUUGCUAAACGUCUUAAAGAAAAAGAUGAAAGUAAAGUGCGAAAAAUUGCUGUACCGGCUGGUUCUGGAGCAGUCGAAGCAGCAAAAAGACUCAAACUUAUGGACGAUGUUGCCAGAGAGGAUCUCAUUCCAAAACUUCGAGUUGAAUCACGUAGAAUGUAUUUGGCUAAAAGAAAAGAGGACAAAGUACAAGAAUUAGAAGCCGAUAUUGUAGACGAUGAAUAUUUAUUCGACGAGGGAAUUUUAACAGAAGCGGAAAAAAGGGACAGAGCUCAUAAAAAGCAAGUUCUUCAAUUGGCCAAAGAACAUGAAAAAGCGAGAGAAUUAGAGAGAAUACAACGUUAUCGAAUGCCACUUCAAGAUGGAAAAAUUGAACCCGAACAAGAUAUUACUGAAAAUGAACCACCACAAUCGGAACAAAGUAAAUGGGAAUCCGAUCAAAUGUCAUCAGCUGUUUUUAAAUUUGGCGCUAAGGACAAGAAAGCACAACAAGAAUAUGAAUUAUUAUUGGACGAUGAAAUUGAAUUUGUUCAAGCAUUACAAAUGCCUGGAAUUGUUAAAGAUAAGAAAAAAGAAUCGAGCCAAACACCACAAGCAAAAGUUUUGACUACAAUUGAAGAAACACAAAAGAGUUUACCUAUUUAUCCAUUUAAAAAAGAUUUAAUUGCCGCUAUCAGAGAUCAUCAGGUUCUUAUUAUUGAAGGAGAAACAGGAUCUGGAAAAACAACACAAAUUCCACAAUAUCUUUAUGAGGCGGGUUAUACUGAUGGGGAUAAAAUAAUUGGAUGUACUCAGCCUAGAAGAGUAGCAGCAAUGUCAGUCGCUGCUCGUGUGGCACACGAAAUGGCCGUGAAAUUAGGAAACGAAGUUGGUUAUGCAAUUCGUUUUGAAGAUUGUACAUCACAACGAACACGAAUUAAAUACAUGACUGAUGGUACAUUGCAUAGGGAAUUUUUAAGUGAACCUGAUUUAGCCUCUUAUAGUGUUAUGAUUAUUGACGAAGCUCAUGAACGAACUCUACACACGGAUAUUUUAUUUGGCCUCGUGAAAGAUAUUACAAAAUUUCGUAGCGAUUUAAAAUUACUUAUUUCAUCAGCCACAUUGGAUGCAACAAAAUUCAGUGAAUUUUUUGAUGAUGCUCCUAUAUUUCGUAUACCCGGACGUAGAUUUCCAGUUGAUAUUUAUUAUACAAAAGCGCCAGAGGCUGAUUAUAUUGACGCUUGUGUGGUGUCAAUUCUUCAAAUUCAUGCAACACAACCACAUGGUGAUAUUCUUGUUUUUCUAACAGGACAAGAUGAAAUUGAAACAUGUCAAGAAAUGCUACAAGAAAGAGUACGACGACUUGGUUCAAAAUUAUCAGAAUUAAUAAUAUUACCAGUUUAUGCAAAUUUACCAAGUGAUAUGCAAGCGAGAAUAUUUAUGCCAACACCAAUUGGUGCAAGAAAAGUUGUACUCGCUACAAAUAUUGCCGAGACAUCAUUGACAAUUGAUAAUAUUGUUUAUGUCAUUGAUCCUGGUUUUGCUAAACAAAAUAAUUUUAAUUCACGAACGGGAAUGGAAAGUUUAAUGGUAGUGCCAAUAAGUAAAGCAUCGGCUAAUCAACGUGCUGGUCGUGCAGGACGUGUUGCACCGGGUAAAUGUUUUCGUCUCUAUACAGCUUGGGCCUAUAAACAUGAAUUGGAAGACAAUACUGUGCCGGAAAUUCAGAGAAUUAAUCUUGGUAACGCUGUCUUAACGUUAAAAGCCCUUGGCAUCAAUGAUUUGGUACAUUUUGAUUUUUUGGAUCCACCACCACAUGAGACAUUGGUAUUGGCACUUGAGCAACUUUAUGCCCUUGGGGCAUUAAAUCAUCAUGGGGAAUUAACGAAACUUGGUCGUAGAAUGGCUGAAUUUCCACUCGAUCCAAUGAUGGCAAAAAUGUUAAUUGCAAGUGAAAAAUAUCGUUGCUCAGAAGAAAUAGCAACAAUUGCUGCAAUGCUAUCGGUUAAUGGUGCUAUUUUCUAUAGACCUAAGGAUAAAUUAAUUCAUGCAGAUACGGCUAGAAAAAAUUUUCACGUACCUGGCGGUGAUCAUCUUACAUUACUCAAUGUAUACAAUCAAUGGCAACAAUGUGACUUUAGUACUCAUUGGUGUUAUGAAAAUUUUAUUCAACAUCGAUCAAUGAAGAGGGCACGUGAUGUAAGAGAUCAAUUAGUUGGUUUGAUGCAACGAGUCGAAAUGGAUCUUGUGUCAGGAAUUACCGAGACUAUUAACAUAAGAAAAGCAAUUACGGCGGGAUAUUUCUAUCAUGUUGCAAGAUUAUCAAAAGGGGGAAAUUACAAAACUGCAAAGCAUAAUCAAACAGUUUCGAUUCAUCCGAAUAGUUCACUAUUUCAAGAAUUACCACGUUGGCUACUGUAUCAUGAAUUAGUGUUCACUACAAAAGAAUUUAUGCGUCAGGUUACUGAAAUUGAAAGUAAAUGGCUUUUAGAAGUCGCGCCUCAUUAUUACAAACCGAAGGAACUUGAAGAUUCAACAAAUAAAAAAAUGCCCAAGGAAAUAGGACGUUCGGGUCCUGAUGGAACAAACUAAACUUUAGUAAUUAAUACAGAUUUUAUGUAUUUAUUGUACAGACCAAAUUAUGAUAAGUAUGUAGUAAUUUAAAUUUGAUUUUUCUUUUUUUAUUAAAAGAAACAUAAAUUUUUCAUAAUUUUUAAA